GAUUAAAUAGAAGGCAUUGGCAGCAUUUAACAGAGAAAAUGAGCACCUCACUAAGAUCCAGCCGAGGAAUUAAGCUUAUGAAGUCGGGCCUUUUCUCAGAUGUAUGCAUUCGCAUAGAUUGUAUUAGCUUCCGGUGCCACAAAAUCAUCUUAGCCUGUGCCUCUGAGUUUUUUGAGAGAUUAUUUCAAGAUGAUUCGGAGGAAUUUUUGUUAGAUGGAACAACCCCAGAGAUUUUUCAGAUAUUUCUUGAUUUUAUAUACGCUCCUAACGAUGACCAAUUCGGCAAUCUUGAACCGGAUGUAUUGAUGUGUCUUUUGAAGUGCGCAAAUAUGUGGCUCGCUGUGGAAAUAGAAGAAAGAUGCAUCGACAUUCUAUUAGGUCUAUCCCCUGACAUGGAUCCGGAAGCCCUUAUUGCACUUUUUGCAGUGUCGCAUUGUGUGGAUCACAAACUAUUAAUGGAACAGUCUAUUGGAGUCCUGCAACAUAAAUGGAGAAACGAAAUGGACUGUCCAUCAACUGUCAGAAUGGAGAUCGACUGCUUUGAAGAAUAUUUUAAAAACACCUCGGAAAUGUUUUCUCCGCGUAGGCGCUUUGUGAUGGUGGAAAACUGGAUAAAAGGGAAUGAAUUCAAUAAUAGACCUUGCUCUCAAAAAGAUAAAAUUAACAAAAUUAUUAAGAGCAUUAACUUUUUGGAAAUGUCAUUGGAGGACUUUUAUAAUGGUCCAGGAAAGUCUAACGUGUUGCCCGAAUCAGACAAGUUCGAAAUAAUGUAUAAACUUGCCCGUUCAAAUAAUGAAUGGACUGUUAUAUUGGACGAAAGGGAUCGAGAUAGGUAUUCGCUACCUAAUUGUUUUGGUGAUGAAGAAGACGACUAAAUUUGUGAUUUAUUUAAAGUUGAUAUAAUUAAAUUUGUUUUAUUUUUACCUAGUGUUUUAAUAAAUCCGUCAGAGUUU